UUCUGCUUGAACGAGUUGAAAUACCACAGUAUUUACCUUUUUCUGUGUGACGAUUUUAGCGGUGGAACUAUAUUAUCCUACGGUUUGGAGGAUGUGGUUAUAUGCACAAACUACGAGUACGACAACGUAAUCGAUUGCAAGGGCGGCACCAUUCUACCCGGCUUCACCGAUGCACACACCUAUCCAGUGUGGGGCGGUGAACGAGUGGACGACUUCAUCCAAAGGGUCGCCGGCGCCUCGUACAUGGAACUCACGGACAACGUGAACAGCUCCAACACCGACUACACAGUGGAGCAGACAGCCAAUUCGAGCGAGGAGGUUCUCUACGCGGCUGCCCUUAAAAGAAUUAAAUCGAUGACAAGCAAGGGGACAACAGCGGUCGAAUGCAAAACGGGCUACAGUUCUAGCUGGACUACGGAGAGAAAGAUCCUGCGGAUUCUUACCAAAUUAAAACGCGAGCUUCCAUUGGAUAUCUCUAUAACCUACUUUGCCGCCAGUGUUCUGUCAAAAAAUGCGUCUCCUGACGAAAUUGUCGAAGACGUGGUGCAGAGAAGACUACCUGAUCUUCAAAGCUCAAUUGAAAAUGGGGAAAUUGAAGUGGACAAUAUCGACGUGAGGUGUGCCGACGGGUUCUUCACCAUUGAUCAAUCAAGGCGGAUACUCGCGAAGGCAAUGGACAUGGGUUUGAAGCUGAACUUCCACGCUGAGAACUUCUCAAACGGGUCAGCAGCGGAUCUCGCUGCGUCGCUGAAGGCACGGGCAGUGAGUCACCUGGACGAGGUGUCACCAGCAGGUGUCGCGGCUCUCACCGCCUCUCGCACCGCCGCCGUCCUCCUCCCUGCCACGACCCUUCUGCUCCGUCGACGACCCCCUCCGGCCGUUGCCAUAGCGCAGGCCGGUGUGCCUGUUGCCCUUGGAACCGACUUCAAGGCCAAUCUCUUCUGUACUUCCAUGCCAAUCGUCAUGUACCUGGCCUGUACGACCUUGGGGCUAACACUGGAACAAGCCCUCACCGCGGCCACAAUCAAUGCAGCCUACAGCAUCAACCUCUCCCACAAACUCGGCGCGAUCACGGAAGGCCGACAAGGUGAUUUUGUCGUCAUCAACACCAAGAGGUGGGAAAAUAUCAUAUUCAGGUUGGGCGAAUCACAGGAGCUGAUUGAGUACGUCAUUAAAAAGGGAAAAGUAGUCUACUCCAAGCAGACCGGACGUGUGAGCUUCUAA